AUGGCGCAACGAAUGUCGAGAAAAUAUAGCUUAAAAUUUUCUCAACUCUUAAAAGUGGUCUCACUUAUUGCUAUUCUGCCGAUAACUCACGGAAGUCUUUUAAAAAGAACUUUGCGAGAAGAGCACAAUACUGAAAAUAAACUAUUGGAUACCAAGGGGAGAGAAUUCAACUACAAACUGAUCAGAAUUCCCAAAGAUAUCAGACCACUACACUAUGAUUUAUUCCUACACCCAAAUCUAGAUUCCUUACAUUUCGAGGGAAAAGUUAAAAUCCUAUUACGUUGUUUCAAGUCGACAAAUCGAAUAAUAUUCCAUAUGAAGGAUCUCAAAACGAAGAAUAUAAACGUUCUCGGCGAUAAAGAUGCUGAAAUUAAGGUGAAAGACGUAUCCGAAAAUAAGGAAAGGAAUUUAGUGAUAUUACAGUUAGACGAAGAUUUGAAAAAGGAUAAGGAAUAUAGUCUCGCGAUGGAUUUUAAUGGAAAACUGGCUGAUAAUAUGGAAGGGUUUUAUAAGAGCGAAUACAAAACAAAGGAUGGGGAGAAAAGGUAAAUAAUCAUAGUACUUUCUCCCGUAUGAAUACCAGGAAAAUGAGGGAUGAUCCUUUCCGAACAUCUACGUAGAUAGUCUAAAAAAGUUGGCAAUAAUUUCAGAUUCAUUUUGACAUGCCUUAAAAUAUUGGUAGGUCACGGACAUUGUCCGACACCUUCGUGAAAUUGUCGGACGUAGAAACCAUUGGACAUUCUGUCCGACCUGAGUUGGACAUUCUGUCCGACCUCAGUGAAACUGAGGUUUAUUGUUUGCCCGUCCCGAGUGAAUUGGUGUCCGACCUAACUGUAACUUUGUCCAACAUAAAUCAAAAUCACAAAAUAUACCCUAGUCCUAGGACUAGAGGCUUGUAUGUUAAAUGCAGAGUAGUGUAAAAAAAGUGAACUGCAAAUGUGUAAUCAAGUGCGGAAUUUUCACCGUGGGGUUCGGAAAUUCAUUGCCAAGAUUCAAAUGACUUUUCCAAAUUGUGCUGAUGUUAAUUUGUGUCUGUGUCGGCUUUCCUCUAGACCCCUUAGGGGAGACUAUAGCUAUUCGUUAUGACAGUUCAGAAAUGAAAGAGCUAUCAGUCAAGAGACGUUUAAACUAGCUCUAUCAUUGUUAAUAUUUUUGUUCAAAGUUUAUUUCAAAUUAUUUCCAGAGUGCUGGCGACAACACAAUUCGAGCCAGUCUAUGCUAGAGGUGCUUUCCCUUGUUUUGAUGAGCCUGAAUUCAAAGCCACAUUUGAGAUCAAGAUAUUGAGAAACGAGAAACAUCGUUCAAUCUCUAACAUGCCUCUGUUGAAGUCGACAAAACAAGAUGGACUUUUCCUUGAUCAUUUUGAAAAAUCCGUGAAAAUGAGCACUUAUCUUGUCGCUUUUGUUGUUAGCGAUUUUAAAUUCACUGAAACCAAAACGAAAACUGGAAUAAAAGUAAGAGUCUGGAAGAAUAUACAAAAUAAUAUAUAUUUUCUUCUUUUAAACAGCUCUAGUUCCAAACUAACAUGGGUUAAACUGCUUUUAUUCUUAUACUUCAUCAUUUUCAAUCCUUUGUUAUUUCCAUCUUCUUCUGAUCUCUUCAUUCCAUAAUGUCUCUGACCAGCUCUCCUUCAUCUCCUCUUAUUACGUGUCCAUACCAUGUCAACCUUGCUUCCCUCACCUUCUCUGCAAUGUCUACCACAUCUUCUUCUGAUCUCUUCAUUCCAUAAUGUCUCUGACCAGCUCUCCUUCAUCUCUUCUUAUUACGUGUCCAUACCAUCUCAACCUUGCUUCCCUCACAUUCUCUGCAAUGUCUACCACUCCACAUCUUCUUCUGAUUUCUUCAUUCCAUAAUGUCUCUGACCAGCUCUCCUUCAUCUCUUCUUAUUACGUGUCCAUACCAUCUCAACCUUGCUUCCCUCACCUUCUCCGCAAUGUUUACCACCCCACAUCUUCUUCCAAUCUCUUCACUCCAUUCCAUUCCAUUCCUGACAGGCUCUCAUAAUUGUUCUUCCCAGGUUCGUGUGUGGGCGAAAGAAGACGCUUUGGAACAAACGAAAUUUGGCCUGGACGUUGCUCAACAUGUUUUGACGUACUACGAGAAAUUCUUUAAUAUAAAAUAUCCACUGCCAAAAAUAGGUACGUGUCAUAGAAACGUAACUAACCUUACUUAAACUGGAUAGCUCUAUCAGUUUAUAAACUUUUCUCGCUAGAAAUGAUAUGGCUGAAGUUAUAAUCAGACAACUGCAUAUUUGAGAAACCGAACCCCAUGACACAGAGUUGUCACAAACCACUGUGUUUAGUUUAUUGUUCAGUUUACUGAGUUUCUCAUUUAUUGAUUGGUGAGCGGAUUUCCCAACAGGCUAUUACCCAAUUGAUAGGGGAUCCAAGGUACCUACGAUUAAUUUAACUUCCUUAUCCGAGAAGACACGAAAGUCUAACCAUUUACUGAAUUACUGGUGUCAUUGUAAAUGUAGCACUUUCUCUCCAAUGGACCUUUCCCCUUAUAACUAAAAUUUUGAUCUAGACAAAAAUUUCAUCACAGCUUGAAAGAGCAUCACACAAUUAGUAAUAUUGCAAAGUUUCGUUGCAAAAUGUUGUAAAAUAUGCGGAUAAUAUAGCCUUGCGAAGUUUGCCAAACUGAUUAUCAAUUUCCCAUUUGUAAUACAAAAUUACUGAAAAACGGCAAAUUUCGCAAGGCUAUAUUAUCCGCAUUUUACAACAUUUCGCAACGAAACUUCGGAAUAUUACUAAUUUUGUGACGCUCUUUCAAGCUGUGAUGAAAUUUUUGUCUGGACUUGUGUAGAUCAAAAUGUUAGUUACAAGGGGAAAGGUCCAUUAUUUUAAGACCUUGAGUAGAGGUGCCACCAAGGAUUAAAUCCGGCUCUCCCAGCUUGAAAGAAAUGUAUAUCUCAAUUGAAACAGGCUAGAAAAAAUCUUGAUCCGCAAAUUAACCACUCUUUAAUUUUCUUCAAAAACUUAGAUCUUAUCGCAGUCCCUGAUUUCCUUGCUGGCGCAAUGGAGAACUGGGGAUUAAUGACAUUCCGUGAGAAUCUUCUCUUGUUCAAUCCCAAGUCAGGCAGUGCCGGUGACAAACAACUCGUUGCAAUCGUCGUCGCACAUGAGUUGGCACAUCAGGUAUUAUAUGUUAAAUACAUUGUAUGGGUUGUAUCUAGAGACUCGGUAUCGGUUUAUGAUAUUGUGGUAUACAAGGGUGCAUACUUCACCACAUACUAAUUUGCUAAAAGAUAUUGAAAAAACGUUUUCUGCGAGCGUUACAGUUUAUGCGCGGUUCAACUGCGAUCUCAUAGCGGCAAGACUGCGGUUAGCUGCCUGUAGUUUAACUGUAUGCACAAUCUAAUGUGACAAUUUAUUACUUACAAGGGUGACAAGGUUUCAAAAACAAUAGGUAGCCAUUUUCCUAUUAAAACUUGGGUCUCUAUAUUUGCUGAUAUAGAGUUCUAUACGCUUGUCAACAGGAUCACUGUUCGCACUGCUUGUUCCCAGAUGUUGACAAGUCUGGAACAAGUUGGUAUCAUCAAGUAUCAAGUCUGGAACAAGUUGUUAACAUGUUGAUGACAACAAGCUUGUAGCAACUUGUUACGAGCAGCCUGUAUUAGUCUUGAUGGAACAACUUGUAAGCAAGUCUGUUACCGUCAUGAACCUUGUAACAAGGUGAUAACAACUUGUUCCAGACUUGUCACAACAACUGGGAACAAGCAGUGCGAACACAUCCUGAUAUCGGCGUGACAACAACCUUGUUGCAACUUGUUUGCAAAUCUGUUACAACCACAGCGCAUUUUUAUGUGUGUAGUCAAUUAACGGUUGAUGCAAGGAUUGUGAUGUUCUGAACAAUCGUAAUUUUUUUCAGUAAAAAAGUUUAAUUUAACACUUUUAGUGGUUUGGCAAUCUGGUGACAAUGAAAUGGUGGAAUGAUCUAUGGUUAAACGAAGGUUUUGCAAAUUACAUUGAGUAUGUUGGUACAAAUGAUUACGCUAAAGAGUGGAGGGUGGUGAGUGCUUCACCAUCUUUAUUUACAUCUCCUGAAUAGACAAUCAAUGGAUCUUAUCAUUUUUGCUCGGACUUUAGGGGCUAGGCCGUGAAUUCAAUGUGAAUCAACGGAUGAUCCUUACUGGACAUCCAGGAAGAACAGUUUAGAACUGAUAGAAUUCUAGUAUAAGGUUAGUCUGUUUUGUUUAUGAUAAACUAACUAACCAUUUGUUUUUUAAUUAGCUCGAUCAGUUUGCAUCAGAUACAUUCCAAUCUGCUCUGGAAUUUGACAGUAUUCUCAACACUCAUGCAAUAUCAGUACCAGUUGAUAACCCGGCUCAGAUAAAUGAAAUAUUUGAUGGCAUAUCUUAUGACAAGGUUCGUUUAUACAUUAUAGAAAAUUCACUCUUGAAAUCUCCACCUACAAAAUCCUUCACCAUUAGAUCAAUCGGGUGAGCAAAAAAAUCCUGAUAAACAACAACGUCAACAAGGCCAUGUUGUCUUUCUCUAGGGUGCUUCAGUUAUUCGUAUGUUGAGAAGUUUCCUAGGUGAUCGUGCAUUUCGCAAAGGAUUAGAGGUAAUGCUAUCAUGUAAAUGGAAAGAAAAUUUAAAAAACUCUUCGUGAACUAACGGUAUGAAGAUUUUGAUAUUCAAAUUGAUAUACACUAAGUAUGCAAUUAUUAAUUUACGUUUUCUAUUUUAGCAUUACUUGAAAAAACAUGCUUAUGAAAAUGCUGUCGCAGAUGAUUUAUGGGCCGCAUUUAGCAAGGUAGUGUAGUAUGCCAUUGUUUUAGAACGAUAGUAAUUCAUUGUUUUAAAACAAUACCCAUUGUUCCAAAAACGAUAUACAGGGCCAUAUAGGGUUAUCCCAAAAAAUCUAAAUGAAAUAACGUAUUUUUAGAAUUUGAAUGCCCUAGUACUAAGCUGAACGCAAGACAGGGUGCAUAUAUUAAAUAUUGACUUAUUAAGAAAUUAAAAUAUCUUUGUAAAGCGCACGGUUUUCUGCUCUUGGGAAUUUAAAGCAGCUUCUUAAACAGUUUAUUUAUGAGCAGAGUGCUGAGCCAUUCAAAUUCUAACAAUACGUUAUUUCAAUAGUUUUGGGUUUUUUGGGACACCCUGUACUAGUCAACAUUAUCACAGAACAAUACAUAAUUGAUUGUCUUUGAACAAUAACUAUUGUUCCAGAACAAUAGUAUGCCAUUGUUUUAGAACAAUAGCUAUUUUUCCAAAAGAACAGUUAAAAAUUGUCUCUAUAUUUUACAACUAGGUCAGUUCCUUGGACGUGAAAGCUAUCAUGGACAGUUGGAUCAAGCAGAAAGGCUAUCCAGUGGUCUCUCUGAGAUCGUCUUCACUCUACCUUGAUAAAGAUAAACCGGAACACGGCAUUGAUGUCGUGCAAGAAAGAUUUCUUAUCGAUCCUUCUUUGGACAAACAUCAAAGGAAAAAUGAAAUCGGGGACAAGAAAUGGUACAUUCCGCUGACAUAUAUCACUCAAGAUUCGGAUAAAGAACAUAUCGUGUGGAUGAAUCACACGUCACGUAAGUAAAGUCCUGGAAAUAGUGUUUGUUGUCUUCCAGACAUGUUUCCCAGAAAUGGAGAAAUUGCAAAAACAAUUUGACUCAAAAGCUCACGCUGUAUCUCAGGUCUCUACAUAUUACUAUCUAGGCACUUCAUUUCCACUCAAGAAAACAGGAUGGUUGAAAGCAAACGUAGGUCAUAUGGGAUUAUACCGCGUCAAUUAUGAUCACGAAAACUGGGAACUACUUGGUGAUCAGCUCACGCAUAACCACAGGGUUAGUAGAGGCCAAGUUAAAGUGGCACUGCUGUGUUUCUCAACUACACACGCAAGAAAUCUCACAUCAUGUAGCAAGUCUGCCAACAAGUUGUGUUCGCACUGCUUGUCCCAAGUUGUUAACACGUAUGGAACAACUUUUUAACAGUCGUAUAAUAACCUUGUUAAUAUUAUCAGAAUUGUUGCAAGGUUGUUCCAAUAAGUCCGAUAUAGUCAUGAUAUCACAAUAUUGUUACAACCUUGUGUCAUCAACCUUGUAACAUUCUUGUUAUACCAUGACUGUAUCAGACUUGUUAGAACAACCUUGUAACAAGUCUGAUAAUGCCAUCAAGCUUGUUACAAGUUGUUACAACAGUUUGUUCCAAACUUGUUACACAACUACUUAUUUAUGGCCUCAGGAUUUUUUUUUUCUCUCGUUAUUUCAUUCAGGCGUUCAGCGCGGUAGAUCGUAGUGGCUUACUGGAUGAUGCUUUUAAUUUGGCGAGGUGAGAUGAUCAAAAAAUUUGCUACGUCUUCAUAUCUUGAAACAGUAAAAUUAAAUGAACGAGUUAAACAACAAAAUUGAUUUACCAACAAAUUAACGAAUUAAGUGAAAUGAAUAAAAUUAUUCCUUUUUCCAGAGCUGGUUUACUACCAAUGACAGUGCCGCUAAAACUAACUCAAUAUCUUAACAAAGAAACUGAAUAUUUCCCAUGGUCAAGUGCGCUCAGUUCUCUCGCCUUUAUUGGUUCAAUGAUAUCCAGGACGGAGUCUUAUGGCUUGUAUGAGGUGUAGUAUUAAAAUAAAUUUAUCGUAUGUUUAGAACAGUUUGACUUUCCUAUCAAUAAGAAAUUAUCCAUACUGGACCUCUAGGAAGAACUGUCUAGAGCUGAUAGAGCUAUCCAGUAUAAGUAAAAGUAGUUUACUUCAGUGUAGUGUAGCAUUAAAAUAUAUUUUAUCAAUGAGCUAGUGAAUAUCCUGCCUCAAAUUUUCUAGAAAUAUCUUGUGAAGAAGUUAAAGCCCUUGGAGUUGUCUUUGAAAUGGGAAGAUAAGGGAACAAUACUAGACAAGUAAAGAAAUAUAUUUUAUCCGUGAGACGGCUGGGACAUGGCUCAAAUAAUGUUAGAGUGAUCUAUUCACUAUUUGAAUCAGGAUAUAUAAAAAUAAGCUGCCGUAGUUCGUGUCUGAAUUGCCUGAAAACACUUUUCCUUUCGUCAUUGGAGGUUCCUGGGUCACUAAGCUAUGCAGGGCAUGGUCGCUGAGCUCCAUGAGGUCUGGGCUUAUGGACCCGCAUACCCGUCAGUAUUGACCAGAUAAAUAAAUUUCAAUCCUGAAAGAUAUGACCAAGGUAGGGGGCUAAAUUUAGAGUACUACCUACACUGGACCACCACACCACGUUUGAGAUAUCUUUUUCAGGUAGUUCAGACACAAACCACGGCAGUUUAUUGAAGAAUACUACCUACACUGCACCACCACGUUUGAGAUAUCUUUUUCAUGUAGUCCAGACACAAACCACGGCAGCUGAUUGUAUGUACCCCUAUAUUAUGUUUGAGUAUAAUAAACAUAUUCUACCGUUCUUAAGGUAUCUGCGAACGAGCGUGUUAAGGUCUCUGUGUGCACAUGGCGAUCAAGGCUGUAUUGAUAUCACACAAGAACUUUUUACCAAGUUUGUUGACAACGAUGAAACGUAAGAUUUGUACACUUUCCUACAUUUAAUUGUAUUACACACGUAAAAACAAGUUGUAACAAACUUGCAGCAGACUUGUAGCAAUGCUGUUGAUCCAACAACUUGCCAACAGGAUGUGUUCGUACUGCUUGUUCCCAGCUUGUUGACAAGUUGUCGAUAUGGCUUGCUUUGAGCUCAACAGACUUGUUACAAGUUGUUCCAACAACUUAUUAUCGUCCUGUAAUUCAACAAUUUGUCAACAAAUUUUGAGUGACAACCUUGUAGCAACUUGAUAAAAUAACAGCAUUGUUACAACUUGUUGGCAAGCGGGUUACAAGCCUGUUGCGAAUACAUAUAGUUGACAAGUUGUGAGAUAUUUACGUGUGUAUGUGGUGGUAAUUAUUAAUUUUAUUCCAUAUUCUGGACAGACUUUCAAUAGCGCCUCAUCUUCGUGCAACUGUGUACUCAACUGUGAUAAAACAUGGUGGAACUACGGAAUGGGAAUUUCUGUGGUCAAAAUAUCAAGAAAGUGACGCAACUCAUAAAGGCAAAAUAAUGUUGGGAUUAACUUCGACAAGACAACCUUGGCUAUUGCAGAGGUUAAGUGACAAUGAUAGACUGAUCCGAAAAAUAAUUGUUAAUCUUUUUUCUUCCGAACUUAAUUUUAACCAACGUUAUAUCACUGCUGCCUUAUACUUAUAUAGAGUACUUCAAGCUAACUAUAAAAUAUAAAUAUGACACCAUUAAAUAUUAAAAGUACCGAGGGUUUUGCACAUUUUAAAGGUCUAUAAAAUUUCGCUUGCAUCAAUAUUAAACAUUUAUUGCCUUAAAUAACAGUUUCCGUUGAAAAAUUGUUUAUCAGCCUUGUGAUGCAUAAAAUAUAAAAUAAUGUAAAAGAAGAUUUGACUAAUAUAUAUAACUGUCCAUUUGUAGACUGCUAGACAAUGCACUCACAGGCUCAAAAAUCAGAAAACAAGAUAUGUUAUCUGUAAUCCUUGGUGUCAGCCGUAAUCCUGUGGGGAGGCUUCAAGCAUGGGAUUUCUAUAAAGCAAACUUUGACAAAAUCGUAAAACGGUAAGAGUGAAAAUACGGUAUCCGAGAUUAUAUUCAUGGACAAUAUUCAAUUUGGAAACUUACAAGUUUACUGAGCUUAAAACUGCUCUACACAUGUAAAAACUCACCAGUUAUUACAGGUCUGCAAACAAGUUGCUACAAAUCUGUUCACAAGCUGUCGACAAGUUGUGUUCGUACUGCUUGUUCCCAAUUGUUGUAAUAAGUUUGGAACAAGCUGUUAACAACUUGUAACAAGCUUGAUGGCAUUAUCAGACUUGUCACAAGGUUGUUCUAACAAGUCUGAUACAGUCAUGAUAUAACAAGAAUGUUACAAGGUUGACGACACAAGGUUGUCACAAUAUUGUCACAUCAUGACUGUAUUGGACUUGUUGGAACAACCUUGCAACAAGUCUGAUAACAUCAACAAGGUUGUUACCGAGUUGUUCCAUACUUGUCAUAAUGUCCAACAAUUUACCGGUGGCGAAAAGUCGUCUGGCGUUAAAGUAGCAAAGUAGGGCGCAUGAGAACACAUUGCGGUUUAAUGGUCGGCAAGAAACAAUAAAUUGCAUGCUAAAUAAUAUUUUUAUUCACCAUAAUAAUUGCACUAAUAUUCAUAUGGAGUUAGAUAUGGUGAAAAGUCACUGUGAUUAAGAACUGACCAAAGAAUUUCUUAUGUUUAUAUAGCGUGGGUGAAGAUUCCAGUGACUUUGGAAUAAUGUUACAAAGAUUAACGGACACUUUCAACGACAAAUACCACUUAGAUGAGGUGAAUGAAUUUACUUGUGUGAAUUUAUCUUUUAACGUACUUACACUACAGGGCAUUUGAAAUAAAACUUGGCAUAACUCUACAGUACUUUUCCCAUAUAUACUUUUUCUAUAAUGGUUUUCAUUUCGGAAACGUUUUUGAUGAUCGAGAUAAUUGCGCGAUAUCAGUUAAAUUAAGGAAACAUUCUCAAAGUCUACUUAGUACUUUUCAAAAUUGGAAUCUUACUCAGGUCAAAACUUUUGCUGACAAUAAUAUUGAAUAUAAUUUACGCAUUGACAACUAUUUCUAAACUACUAUUAUAGUAUUAUAUAAUGAACAUACUACAAAAUAAAGGUCUAGUUUUAUUUUGAAGACAAAACGAUGUAUUUCUUUCCAGAAAGUGAUUCCACACAAAGAUAGUACCCUUUCAAUACAGAAAUUACGAGCUAUAUUAACUAUUAAGUUCCGCAAAACUGCAUGAAAAACCUAUAGUUUUUCGCUGUUCGACAAAACGUCUUAUAAGCUAACUGGUGAAAAACAUAAAGCCUUUUCUUGUUAUUUUCUAGGUGAAAGAAUUUAUCAAAAAGCACUCGUCUUUAUUCAGUAAUACUCGAGCUGGCAAGAAAGCUGUGGAAAGUAUUAAGACAAAUAUACACUGGAUGAAAUCACAUUAUACCACGAUAUUUAACUGGCUCAAACAAAUCAACAACGAAGAAUACUAAAUAAUGCAAACUCCAUGAUAAAUUAACGAAGAAAUAUGCGUCAUUACAUGACAUAGGUAGUGGAAGUCAAAUUUGAACCUCUUUAAUAAGCAGAAGUUUGUAUUAGUCGACUACCAACAACUUCCAGACCGGAAGGGUCGGAAAGUCGAAGUUCUUUUAAUAAUUUUUCAGGUAUAAUUGCAUCGUCUAAACAAGUUCGCAUGCAGUGUAUAUAAAAUGUGUACCAAUUUGGCAAACGUUUGUGCUGAUCACGUGGCUUAUAUCCAAUUUACAACUUUGAAAAGCUCGCAUGUCUAGCUAUAUUAUUCCAGUAUGCUGAAGCAUGGAAUGUAAUACAGGCGUAUUAACAGGUGUAAUACAGGCGUAUUUUCAACCAUUGGUAGGUUAUAAAUUAAAACUAAAUGUUGCCCCCCCCACCCCCCCAAUACUUCGCGAAGUGUGCGCAGAUGUAUCAAACCAAUAGAUCUAGAUGUAACAUACAUGCAUAUAUGGUAGAAUAACUCGUAUUCGCGCGGUAAGAGAAUUCGUG